ACUGGAUAAUAUCAUAACACGCUUUCAUGAUUCUUGUGGGGUUGUGGGUCUUCUUGGCCAGAUUGUCCCAACUGCCACUUCUACCCCACCACUCCACAUGCACUCACCCUCACACACACACCCAUUCCUUCCCUAUUUAUGACCCAUAUAUUCCCAUUUCACUGGAGAAAAGAAAAGAAAAAAAAAAGAGAGAAAGUGAAUAAAACCCACAAAAAAGUUUAGACUUGAACCCUUCUCCCAUUUGCUUCAAACAGAUUACUCCAAAGACUAGUAGAGAGUUCAAGUAACCAUGGAAGUGACUGUGGAAGCAGAAGAUGACCUGUUUUUUGCAGACUUAAGCAAGCAAAUAUCUCUUCUUAUCAUGGAUGAUGAUGAUGAGGACCCAGUUGAAAGAUGUCCUUCAGUCUCUUUCCAGGCUUUCUCCAGAGCAAAUUAUGCAGCAACAGCAUCUCCAUUAAUCCUUCAAGAGCAAACAUUAUACAGAAGAGAAAGCAAAGGAACAGGUGUUUUUAUUCCUCAAUCAUUGCAUCCAAGAAGGAAGAACAAUAGGCAAGGAAAAUUCAGUUCAUUCAACUCAUCAAAAUCCCAGCAGCAGCAGCAGCAACUUGACAAUGCAAGAUUUGUUUCUCAAGCAUCAUACAACAACAACAAGAAGAAAGGCUGUAAUUAAUUUACACCCUUAUUAUUAUGACAUGUGUUCAAUAUAGUUUGCAAAGAUCUAUAUAUAUAUAUAUAUAUAUAUAUAGAAGUGUAUGAUUCAUAUAUAAAUCUGAACAUGUAUGUAGACAGGAAAAGGUAGUGUGACCUUGUUAUUUGGUGGGUCUUAAGGAGAGGUUCACCAGAGGUAUGUAUUGUCACCUCUCUAAUAAUUGAAUUAUUGUAUGGUUGUUAUUUGGUGUUCUGUAUAGGAUAAGGUUGUACUCAGCCAUUAAUGCAACUGAUUAUUUCAUUCUAUAAAAUUAGUGUCAAAAUUA